GCCUCCCCCUGGCAGUGUCCCCCCACCCCGCCCCAGGCUCCUGCAGAGGACACGUGUCAGCACGUUCCCGCCGUUGUCGUCUCAUCCCAUGUCAUAGCCCCUCCCCGAGGCCUGGGACACCCCCCCCUCCGGGCCCCAUUAUCCCCAGGCCCAACCUCCCACGCUGACCCGAGGCCCAGGCCGGGUCCCCUCUCCUCCACCGGCCGGUCUUCCCGGACAGCGAGCGCCCUGGCCCGGCCCCCAGCCGAAGACGCCCGUCAGCACGUUCUCACCCCUGUCCUCUCAACCCUCUGCCUAGCUCCGCCCCGGGCCUGGGAACCCGGGUCCCUUUGGCCCAUUGUCCCUGGGCCCAGCUCCGCGCUGACCGCAGGCUCGGCCCUACCCCCUGCCGGGCGCGUCUCCCCCGGCAACGCGCCGCAGCCACCCGGGAUGCAGCCCGCAGGCUGGGCGGCCGUCAGGGAGGCGGCGGGCCGCGACGUGCUGGCCGCCGACCUCCGGUGCAGCCUCUUCGUCUCGGCGCUGCGCAGCUACAAGCGCGACUCGGUGCUGCGGCCCUUCCCCGCGUCCUAUGCCCGCCACGACUGCAAGGACUUUGAGGCCCUGCUUGCAGAUGCCAGCAAGUUACCCAGCCUGGAAGACCUUCUCCAGUCCUCUGGAGACAAAGACAUACGGGCCAGGGACCUGGUGAGCUGGAUUUUAUCCUCAAAGGUCCUGACAAUCCACAGUGCAGGGAAGUCAGAGUUCGAAAAGAUCCAAAAGCUGACUGGUGCCCCUCACACGCCUGUCCCCGUGCCGGACUUCCUGUUUGAAAUUGAAUACUCCAACCCAGCGAACGCCAAAUUUUAUGAGACCAAAGGAGAACGGGACCUAAUCUACGCCUUCCACGGGAGCCGCCUCGAGAACUUCCAUUCCAUCAUCCACAAUGGGCUUCAUUGCCACCUGAACAAGACAUCCUUGUUUGGGGAAGGGACCUACCUCACCAGUGACUUGAGCCUGGCCCUCAUUUAUAGCCCCCACGGCCUUGGAUGGCAGCGCAGCCUCCUUGGCCCCAUCCUCAGCUGCGUGGCUGUGUGUGAAGUCAUUGAUCAUCCAGAUGUCAAGUGCCAAACGAAGAAGAAGGAUUCCAAGGAGAUAGAUCGCAGGAGAGCGAGAAUCAAACACAGUGAAGGGGGAGACAUCCCCCCGAAGUACUUUGUGGUCACCAAUAACCAGCUCCUGCGCGUGAAGUACCUGCUGGUGUACUCGCAGAAGCAGCCCAGCAGCAGGCCUUCCAGCCAGCUGUCCUGGUUUUCCAGCCAUUGGUUUACGGUCGUGCUAUCCCUGUAUCUGCUGUUGCUGCUUAUUGUGAGUGCCAUCAAUUCCUCAGCUUUCCAACAUGUUUGGAAUCGUGCAAAGAGAUAAUCCCUCUGGGCCUGGUGUGGGGGCCUCCUCGACCACGUGCCUUACGAUACAACCUGUUCUGCACUCCCCGUGCCCCCCGUCCAACCGGGUGGGGUCUGGGGGCCAACUGGGGACCACAGGACAAUUUUCAUAUGCCAUAAACAUACUGAUUGCCUUUAAUGAUGCUCCCGGCCACACUCCGGUCAGUGGGGACCACGAGUCCCCUCAGUCUGAGGUUUCAGGGGAGUCCUCCUGUCUGCUGCUGCCUAAACAAUCCUAGGGAGUUGGCUUUUCUGCCAGGGCCAAAGGAAAAAGUCCUGCUGCAUUUAAAAACAAAGUGUCCAAGCUGUCGGUGGUAUGUUUACAAUCGCUCCUGGCAGACGUUGUCCCUUUCUCUAAUGCCUUCUGGAAGGUGGAAUACGUGUAGUGGGGACUAUAAAUCACUAGGCGGUUGCCUUGUUUUGACUUGAGACACCCAAGAGGAACAGUCCUGUUUCUCAUAAAAAUUGGUGGGAUCGUUUCUGAAUUCCAUCAGCCUUUGUACGUGAGUGCAAAACAUUUUCACAGUUUUCCCAAAUCCACAAACAGCCUUCUGCUACAGCUGUCGCCCCACUGCCCCAACCAUGGAUGAGAAAGGAAGGAGCCAGAGGCCUGAUAAAAAAGACAGACUUGACAAUGAGCAACUCAUGUUAUCUUUUUCUAAAAAUUACCAACUGCUGAUUACAGCUGAAAUGGAAACACAUGUUUGUUUUCUGGGUUUUUUGGGGUUUUUUUGUUUUUGUUUUUUUAAUAGCUAUUUGACAAAUUCAUGUCCGGGAGCUGAGUAAAAGGGGAGAUUUCUAAACCUAGAGCACUCUUUGGCCAGUGCCCGUAGUUUCUUUCCUGGCCAUGUUUUCGAGAAAAGGAUUUGCGCCGCAGGCCUGCGUCCCGUUCUCGUUCUCACGAAGCUGCCUUGACUGGGGCCUCCGAGCCACAGGUGCCACGCUGCAGGCCUUCUGUGGGCCACAAAUGUGCAUGGACUGAGCCUCCCUUGCAGGGGUCACAGGUCUUUGGGACUCAAGUUGGGCUUUGAAAGUGCAGAGAAGGCCUCUGGCUGCCCAGGGGAGCUGCAGUUGUCCUCGCUGAUUCUCUGCCCUUCCUUCCUGCCCUGUUUCAGCCAUCAUGGAGCCCUGUCUGAUUUGGGGGGUAGAUUUCUGUGAAGAAGGUGGAAAGUCAGUUUUCUAUAAUCUGUGAAGGUGCGAAAAAGCCACUAUCAUGGUUUUUACAUUGAAAAUGGCAACAUUUCAAAAAUAAUAAAGAUAUUUUCCUAAUUA